UGGAGCGGUCGGCGAACGCGAUAUUACGCCUGUCAAAAAGUUGGUGACAUACCGUCUAUCUAUUAAUUUGCAGUGGUUCCGAUUCGGACGUUUACGGUCGUAGAUACAUGAAUAUAAAAAACAAACGGGCAUGUCAAACAUUGGUAUCAACGGAUUUGGCCGCAUCGGCCGAAUGGUGUUGAGAGCUUUGUUGGAAAAAGGCUCCAAUGUUGUAGCCAUCAACGAUCCGUUCAUCGGUAUCGAAUAUAUGGUAUACUUGUUCAAGUAUGAUUCCACUCGCGGACGUUUCAAAGGCGAAGUUUCUGUUGACAGAGACGUUCUUAUUGUCAAUGGAAACAAGAUAAAGGUGUUCUCUGAACGGGACCCAAAGGCCAUCCAAUGGAGAUCUGCUGGUGCUGAUUAUAUAGUAGAAUCCACAGGUAUGUUCACCACCAUUGAAAAAGCCUCAGCUCACUUGGAAGGUGGAGCCAAGAAAGUUAUCAUCUCAGCACCAAGUACUGAUGCACCAAUGUUUGUUGUUGGUGUUAACUUGGAUGCAUACAAUCCAUCGCUCAAAGUUGUAUCUAUCACUUCAUGCACUACUAACUGCUUGACUCCAUUAGCAAAGGUUAUUCAUGACAACUUUGGAAUUGUUGAAGGUCUUAUGACUAUUCACGCUACCACAGCCCACCAAAAAACUGUUGAUGGAGUGUCUGGAAAAACAUGGCGAUCUAGCAGAAGUGCUACCCAAAACAUCAUUCCUGCUAUAUGUCCUGGAGCAAUCAGGGUUGAUGGUAAGAUUAUCCCAGAUCUUAAUGGAAAAUUAACUGGAAUGGCUUUCAGAGUACCAGUUGCUAAUGUGUCUGUUGUUGAAUUGACUGUAAGACUUUCAAAACCAACAUCUUACCAAGAUAUCAAAGAUAAAGUCAAGGAAGCCGCUGAAGGACCAUUGAAAGGAAUUUUGGGUUACACUGAAGACGAAGUUGUGUCAUCUGACUUUAUUGGUUAUUCAUCAAUCUUUGAUGCUAAAGCAGGAAUUUCAUUAAAUGACCAAUUUUUCAAACUUAUCUCAUGGUUCGACAAAGAAUAUGGUUAUUCCAACCGUGUUGUGGACUUGAUCAAGUACAUGCAGUCUAAAGAUUAAACUGUAGUUUCAAGCUACUACUAUUAAGUUAUGAUAAGUAACUACACAUUUGUGUUUUAGA